GAGCAACGUCAUGAUCAUCAAUAAGUCGACAUUUUGAAGGUUGUCGCCGUCGAGCUUUUGCUGUUCUCGACUUUUUUCGAGCGGCACUGCCACGCUCGCUUCGAGUGUUGGUGAGGGAGGUUUGUAAAAUCAAUUGCGGUGCUCGUUUGUCUAUAAACUAGGGCCACGUCUUCCUCUGCAUACCAUCUUCAAGAGCUUCUAUCAUCAUCAAGCCUCCCCCUAGAGCAAGAACAAAACAUCGAACAAUACUCUCUCAAACACAAAACCUUUUACAAAAAUACACAAUCUCAAAACUACGAGAGCAUAUCAAGCAAUCAUGGCUCGUCGCUUCUCUCUCUCCAGCUUUUCGCCAGCCAAGAAGGCCGAGAACCGCGUCAUGGGUGACCGUCACCGAAGGUCUGUCGACACGACGGCGACAUCCUCAACCAUCGGGCACAUGCCAGUCGUUGAUGCCUCGCAUCAUCUGCCUCAACCAUCCUGGGCCAAGACGAUAGCCACUCGGACCUAAGGUAGCUCCAAGGUCAAGGCGCAUUGCGGGGGAUUGAACAGCUUGCACGCUGGACAGGCGAAUCGGGGAUUUCUUUUGUUAUUUUGUGGAAUUUCUAGCGUGCGGAUACCCUCGUUCUGGAAUUCAGACUGUACCAUGCUAUAGUGGUAUUUUUUCUGGCCAAGCCGGCAUAACAACGUAUGUCAGUUGAAAAGCCUGUUCAAUCAUAAAUUUGUGGAACAGAAUUACCAGGAUGGCUGACAUGCCAAUGAUGGUGAAAGGGUCCAUGUCAUCCGGUCAAACCCCAUGUGCUCUUAUUCAAUUAGCGUCGAACGUUUGUUUGGCUUUGAUGGUCUAGUCUAGUCUAGAAAUGACACAUCGCGUUCACCUGCCGUA